AUAAGUCUUUUAACAGACGAAGAUAAUAGUGCAAACCAAACCAUUUGGUGAAUCUUGGGAAAGAAGAAACACAUUAGAGAUUCCUGAAACAAUUCAACUUCUUUCCUCCUAAUAAUACACACAUUCUGCUUUCUAAUCUUCACGCUAAUAGAUGGCCUCAAGUCAACGAACAAAAGAAUUAAUGUCAAUCCAGAAAUGGUUAGAAGAAUCUUAAUUAGUGUCUUUCAAGUUGAGAAGCUGUGGAAUGCUUGUUCUCUUACUUUGUGUUCUACACCAAAUGGAUUUAUAUGCCCACGAAGUGUUUGACAAAAGUUCACAAUACCAUAAUUCAUGAUUUUGGGUUUCUUGUGGCAUAAGAUCACAGUUGCAAUUUUGGCGCUCAAUUCUCAAUACUCAAUAUAUAUCACGUGAGAGUCACGUGAACAAACUAACCGACUUUUGACCCAAUAAACCCUUUAAUCCUUGCCCUUCGUCUUCUUCUCUCUGUUUUCUCUCUGUUCCUUUUUUAAUUUUCUCGAGAAAAUCAAGAAAGAAAAUCGCCAUUGUUUUCUUUUCCUGGUUUCACUUUCGUUCCAAAUCAUGGAGAAAGCCGAAGAUAUUCACAAGAAACUAGAUAUAGAAUACGACGCAGAGGACUCAUCACUUAAUAUGAUACUCAAGGUUCUGCAGAUUUCAACAAACCCAAAAAAAAAAAACAAAUCCUGCAUCUGUUUUAUCGAUCUUGUUAAAGUUUUCAAGAAUGUGAUUUUUUUGCAGUCUCUGUGGCAAAUUAGCGUUUUUGAAAGACAGAACAAAGUACGUCAGAGCUUCACUGGCUCUUUUCUUAAGGAAGACAUACUUCGUCUUUCUUUUAUCAACAAUCUCAGUCUCAGUCAACCUCCGGAAGCAAAUAAUGUCUUUGAACUGUUUGUAUACAUCUUGGAGAAUUUACCUCCCUGGAACCCGUACUUUGAAGUGUACGAAUUGGCGAAAAAGAUUUGCAAUAGAUGCAAGAUGGAUUUGGAGUAUCCAGUUAAACGUUCUUAUGGUAUGAUCAUCACUGCUAAUUCACUCAGAGAAACCAAGGGAUUAUUCGAGAAUCUUACAUUCGAGAAGAUCGUUCAGAUCAUAAGGAUAGGCUUAAAGAUGCCUUGUGAUAAGGAAGGAUGUAGGAAACGAAACUAUGUUCAACGUAUGAUAAACAAACUUCCAACUGUUUUCACAAUUGCACUUGAGUGGGAGAAGAAUGAGACUGAAGGAGAGAUAUUCGAUACAACUUCUGUUCUAGCGACUGAGAUUGAUAUUAGUGCAAUAUACCGAUACGAAGGUGACAGUGCAUUCACUAAAUACCGUCUUGUCUCAAUGGUUUGCUCGGAUGGAGAUCGAUACAACUGUGUAGCUUAUGAAAACAAUAGAUGGGUCAGACACUUUUGUUCUCAGAAAGAGGUUAUUGGAGAGUGGGAUGGUGUUCUCAGCAUUUUUCGAAAACUGCAUAUUCGACCUGAGAUUCUAUUUUUUGAAAAUGUAAGCGCCUUUGACUGCAUACUUUGUUAUGUUUUUCUUUUCUUGUGUUGUGUUCUCAAUUCCACCUUCUUGAAUUGCAUACUAUGCAGAGGGAGCAGAUGUUUUCCGCGAAGGGAUCUGAAGACUCGUGUGUUAUUUCUUAGCCCAAAUUCAGCAUCCUGACUGAUUGCUAUGAUCAUUGAUCAAUGUAGAUAGUUAGAUACCAGUUUACAGAAACAGCUCAGUUUGCAUUUCGU